CCUCCUGUUUGGUGCUCACUGACAUGCUGUUAAUUCUUAAAACCCCCUCAGUCUGGAAAAGAGCAGUACAGAAAGAUGAAGAACCACAUAGUCUGGCUCAUCUGUGCAGCGGCUGUAGCUUCAACCAUUCCUGCCUGUUUGGCUUUUAACAUCGACACAACAAAUCCUGAUAAACGUGACGGGAAACCAGCGGAUUUCUUUGGUUACAAAGUUCUGCAGUACUUGAACAAGUCCAGUAAUGACAAAGGGAUAGUCAUCACUGCACCUCUCAGGCUAAAUGGAUCUGGAGGAAUUUACAAACCUGACCAAGAGAAGUGGUUCAGCCCUACUGAGGACUUUGAGACAAACACAACAGCAAUCAAACACCUUGGCUUGUCGAUUGCUGCAGACCAGGGUUAUAAUAGCUCCAGAUUCACUGCGUGCAGUCCAAGUUUUGUGCAUGAAUGCAAUGAGAACUCCUAUCUGAACAGUAUUUGUUAUGAGCUCUCUGAUCGACUCCAGGAAAUCUCCUCUUUCAAACCUGCGUUUCAAGAAUGCACCAAAAAGACAGUGGACCUCGUCUUUCUGUUUGAUGGAUCAGCGAGUAUGACCCAAGCAGAAUUCAAUAAAAAUAAAGACUUCAUUGUGGAGAUAAUGGACAGCCUAAGGAACACAUCAAUCAAGUUUGCAGCAGUUCAGUUCUCCAGAACAGUCAACAAAGUGUUUGACUUCAAUGACUAUGAAGCUGGAAGUGCGCUGGAAAAACUCAAGAAUGAAAAGCAUUUAAGAUGUCUCACCAACACAUACACAGCCCUCGAAUUUGUGAUGAAUGAAAUCUUGGAAAACCCAGCUGCAGGCGCCACUCCUGAUGCAACUAAAGUUCUGGUUCUUAUCACAGACGGAGAUCCCAGUGAUGUAGACAGAACUGGGAUCAUUAAAAAAUAUGAUGAUAAAAAUAUAAUUCGCCUUGUCAUUGGGAUCAAGGAUGCAAAGCUGGAUAAAUUUAGGGCCAUCGCUUCAGAACCAAAGGACAAAAACGCCUUCAAAAUUGAGAACUACGAUGGACUCACAGAAGUCCUGGAGAAUUUUCAGAAAAAGAUCUUUGCCAUAGAAGGCUCCAAAGUGGCUCGGGCAGGAGACAUGACUGACGAAAUGUCUCAGAGUGGAUUCAGUGCUGUUUUCAACAAGGAUACACUGAUUCUGGGUUCAGUGGGAUCAAACAGCUGGCGUGGUUCUCUCCGAGAACGUCGGGGACAAACUGAAACACAAAUUGAAGAUAAAGAAAUGCAGAUGGACUCCUACAUGGGAUAUUCUGUUUCUGUUGGAGAGAGGAAUAAUAUUUCAUUGUAUUUCACGGGUGCACCAAGGUUUAAGCACACAGGGCAGGUUGUUCUUUUCAAACACAACGGGAAGAACUGGACCCCAGCACAAAGAAUAAAUGGAGACCAGAUCGGUUCCUACUUUGGUGUGGAGCUGUGCGCGGUAGAUGUUAACUCAGACAGAGACACAGAUUUCCUGCUGGUGGGAGCUCCAAUGUUUUACCAGUCUCAAGAGAGAAAGGAAGGCCAGAUCUACAUCUACACUCUGACUGAUGAGCUGCAACUGCAAAGUGAACUGAAUGUGACGGCACCAUCCAUGGGCAGAUUUGGCACCACCAUAUCCAGCCUUGCAGACCUAAAUGGAGAUGGACUCCGAGACGUUGCUGUCGGAGCCCCCCUUGAGGAUGGCAACAGCGGGGCUGUGUAUAUCUACCUUGGAGACAGAACGAGAGGGAUACGCAGCACCUUCAGCCAGAGACUCACAGGAAAGAAAACACCUGGGAGAAGCUUCUUUGGACAGGCCAUCGAUGGAGCCAUUGACCUUGGACAGGAUGGACUCCCAGAUAUUGUGAUUGGAUCACAGGGCACUGCUGUUAUCUUAAGGACCAAGCCCGUCUUUAACGUGAUGGCUCAUCUAUCUUUCCAACCUAAGGAGAUAAGCACUGAGCAGCUCGACUGUCUGGGUGCAGAUGCUAAUUUACAUAUGGUUGACUUAACAGCCUGCUUUGAAAUGGUAGAAGCAACAAAGAGAAAUCGAGGGGCUACGAGCUCUGGACUGAAUAUCACAAACACGCUCACCGUGGAUCCAAUGAGACAAAAAUAUCGAGGGUUUUUCAGUCCAACUGAUACGAAAGCCAGAAGUUUUACUUCUACCUAUAAGCUGACAGAAAGAAGAACUUGCUUUAACUUCUCCAUCUACAGUGGUAAAUGUGUGACAGACACAUUGUCACCCAUCAGCAUCAAAUUAAACUUUUCCCAAGCUGACAGUGAGACUGCAGACGCCAUCCUGAACGUGGACAGUAGAAGGCAGUCUGCUGUUGAGCUCUAA